AUGUCUACCACGUUAUUCAGAUUUUUUGUUAGUGCAUUGAAACAGAAUCUGCCGAGACAUCCUCUAAGAUCAGCUAGACAUACAUCUAUGAUGAGUGUGGCAACUGUGGAAAACAAAGUGGCAAAUAACGACAAAUCACCUGAACUUAUUAUGAACAAAAAUUUAACACGAUUUAAAAAAAGAUUUAACAAACGGCAAUGGGAAGAUACAAAUCCUAACCAUAAAGAAAAUGGCGAAACUGACACUAAAAGGCUCUGUGGUAGUGCAGAAAGAAUAAAGAGAAAAAAGAUGGCACUACUAUUAGGGUACUGCGGAGUUGACUAUUAUGGAAUGCAGAGAAACCCUGGUGUGAGAACGAUAGAAGAAGAUCUGCUCAAAGCACUUUUGGAAGCAAAGUAUAUUACAGAAGAAGAUUUUAACAAUCAACAGAAUGCACAAUUCCAAAGAAGCUCUCGGACUGACAAGGGUGUGUCAGCCGCCAGACAGGUUGUGUCACUUAAAUUACCCCUUGAAGUAGAUGUCAAGGAGAUCAACAAAAACUUGCCUGAAAGCAUCAAAGUGUUUGGUGUAAAGCGGGUGACAAACAAAUUCAACUCAAAAUCAAAGUGUAAUGCACGGACUUACAGUUAUACGUUACCCACGUCUGUGUUUGAACCCAGUUUAGUUACAAUUGAAGAGAGGAAACCUUAUAGGAUAUCUGAAGAAAAGUUAGAACAGCUGAAGAAAGUUCUAGAUGUUUACAAAGGAACUAAAAGCUAUCACAACUUUACCGAAAAAAAGCACAGCCAAGAUCCGUCAUCUUUAAGAUACAUGAUGGGUUUUACAGUAGAUCGUGUCUUCGUGGAGUCUGAUAUGGAAUUCGCCGUUUUAUUAGUCAAGGGUCAGAGUUUUAUGCUGCAUCAAAUCCGUAAAAUGGUUGGACUCGCAAUAGCUGUGUUACGAGGCCAGGCUGAUAUGGCGAUCAUGGAGAAAGUGUUUGGCAAAGAGAAAGUUAUGAUACCGACAGCGCCGGGGCUCGGGCUCGUCCUUGACACGGUACAUUACGACAGAUACAAUGCGAAGUUUAAAGACAGCCAUGAUAGUUUAACUUGGGACGCAGAGGAAACCGAAAUAGAUAAGUUUAAACACGAACAUAUAUAUCCAGUAAUAGUGAAAGGUGAAACAGAAGGUGAUUCAAUGGGGGUUUGGUUAGAGAAGAUGAGAGGUCAUUCAUUCGAACCUUCUGAAGAUACCUCCGAAAAAGAUGAUGAAAACGAAUUGGCAGGAGACGAUGAUGAUGAUGGUGACGAUAUAGAUGAUGAUUGUGAAGGGAAGAAUGCUGAAAGUGUCAGUGGUGAAAACGAUGAUAGUAUAAAUACUAGUGACGGAAGAGAAGACGAGAAAGUACAUAAUAUGAAAACAUAG